AUGUCUGACACCGCUGAUAGCUUCCGCGCCUUUGUGGACCAAUUCCGGUCUCAAACUCAGGGGCAUUUGGACGAAUUGGCGGAUCUUGAGACAGAAAAGGCUGCCGGGAAGACCCUGGAGCGGGACCUCGCACAAGAACGCGAGACCGGUCGCAAUGUCCAGAAGGAGGUUGAGGCGUUGAAGCUAGAGCUGAAGGACUUGGAGAAGUCUGCUUCGCGCGACCCCUUCGUGUUGGUCCUCAUCGAUGCCGAUGCCGAGGCCUACUUGUUUGACUCAAAAUACUACCUUGGCAACUCCAUCGACGGCGGCGAGCGUGCAGCCAAGGACCUGAAGAACGCCGUGUGGCAGCACCUCACAACAUUAGACUCCAGCCUCGAUGAGAUCCCCAUUGUGGUCCGAGCAUAUGGCUCCGCCCUUGACCUGGGCAGCCUGCUAGUGAAGUCAAACGUCACCAAACUGAAGAAGGCCGAGCAGCACCUGUCCGGGUUCGCCCGCGGCUUCUCCCAGGGCGACGAGAUGUUUGACUUCGUCCUCGUCGAGAAGGACAAGUACCGCGCUGACUACAAGCUGAUCGGUAUGUUCCCCUAA